UGGGUUUUUUUUUUUAUCAAGCAAUUAGGGUUUUGAUCGUGAGUGUCCCUGUUGCAGAUGACCCAACCAGCUGUGCAAUUAGCCUUAAUCGACGAGGACAAGUUCUGUAGCCAGCAUCAUCAGCGGGAAUUCAAAAUUUUUGUUGCUUCACAAGCUGACUCAAAGCCGUGUCCAGAUCUACUUAACGGAUCUAGAAAGGAUUACAUCAAAAUUGGUAUACCUCUAUUCGAAGCAUCAAUCACUGGUGAUUGGGGAACUGCUACAAAGAUUCUUGAGAAAAGGAAAGAGCUGGUAAGGUAUAGUAUCACUGAAAAUGGCGAAACAGCACUUCAUGUUGCAGCAUCAGCAAAAAGCACCAAACAGGUUGAAGACUUUGUGGAAAAUCUGAUGGGUUACAUGGAAGAUAAAGAUUUGGAACUUGAAAACAACAGUUCCAGUACUGCCCUCUGUUUAGCAGCUGAAGCUGGAAAUGUUAAAAUUGUUAAGAUUAUGGUGAAAAGGAACAGGAACUUGGUGUCAAUCACCGGUAGUCAAGGAAUGACACCACUGUGCAGGGCUGCCUUGUUUGGAAAUUAUGAUGUUGUGAAGUAUCUAUACAAGGAAUCCCAGAAGAUGCAUUAUGACUAUUGGACACCUCAGAAACCUGGUUGGCUUCUUCUGAAAUGUGUUGAGAAUGAUAUGUUCGAUAUUGCACUAAAGAUAGUGAAAGAUCACCCUGAAGUACUUGGUAGUAGUGGGAGUGUACUUGGAGUUUUGGCUUGCAAGACCGAUGCCUUUGCUGAAACAAAACUUAAUAUCUUCAUGAGAACCAUCAAUUGGGUUUUUACCGUUAUUUGUCCGAAGAUUGGAGCUGAAAAGGAAAGUGAAGCAUCACAAUUACUAAGAGUCAUUUGGCAAAAUAUUGCGGAGAAGCCUGUGAAUGAAAUUGAUGACAUUCUCAGAGGGCCGCCUGAUUUCAUUAAUGAAAAGCUAGCUUCUGACAAGGAAGAUCAAACUGUUGAAACACAGAACAUAAAUAAAGAGCCUGCUGCUACAACUUUGAAAGAUCCAAAUGCACCAUGGCAGAGAAAUGAAGAUAGAACGUACUCUUCUCGAAUACCAUUUGUUGCUGCAGAAAUGGGCAAUACUACACUUGUGGUUGAGCUCAUCCGGCAAUAUCCUGAUUUGAUGUUGAAAGUAAACGAUAACAAUCAAAGUAUAUUUCACACUGCUGUUGAAAAUCGUCAUGAGGAUAUCUACAACAUAUUGUACGAGAUAGGCUCAAAGAAGGAUCGUAUACUUGGUCUCAAAGAUAAAAAUGACAACAAUAUGUUGCAUUUAGUCGGGAAGUGUGCCAAGAAAAAACGACUUGGGGAUGUGUCAGGGUUUGCAGCCCCUUUUCAGCUUCAAGGAGAACUAUUGUGGUUUAAGGAAGUAGAGGAGAUGGUCCCUCCUUCUUGUCGUGAACAGAGGAACAAAGAUGGUCUAACACCACACGAGUUAUUUACCAUGGAACACAAUGAUCUAGCGACAAAAAGUGGGGACUGGCUGAAAGGAAUGUCUAGCAACUGUUUGGUGGUUGCGGUGUUCAUUGCCAGCGUAACGUUUGCUGCACUUCUUACAGUUCCUGGUGGAUACAAUCAGAACGAUGGUCUCCCUAUCUUUUCUCGAAAAAUAGCCUUUAUGAUUUUCUUUCUGGCAGAUGCCAUAUCUUUCUUCUCAGCAUCAGGUUCAGUGAUCAUGCUCUUAGCCAUCCUUGCAUCUUGUUAUGCGGAACAUGAUUUCUGUAAAUCAUUGCCAAAGAAGCUGAUGACAGGUCUAGCAACUCUUCUCCUUGCGAUAACAACCAUGAUGGUUGCUUUUAGCAGUAUUUUCUUCAUACUAUGCAAUAAAGAUCAUAAAUGGAUGCCUGUCCUUGCCAGCCUGCUUUCUAUCAUGCUAAUCCUCCUGUUUGCUACCCUGCAAUAUCCUUUGUUAAAAGACGUGAUUUCUUCGACAUAUGGUUCUAGGUAUCUCUUUCGGCCCAAAAAGCGUGUCCUUUAUGAAAACAAUUGUCGUUUUCCAUUCGCAUUUCGUUACUUUUCAAGAUGUACUUCAAAAAUAUUAAAACUGUUGUGAGUUUAGGAAUUGUUGUUGUAAUAUAAUUCAAUAUCUGUCAUUCUGUUGUAA